AUGGUCGUAUCGCUUAUUGGCCCGCUUGACUCGCAGUACGUGCAGCGCACGCUACUUGUCGCUGCGUACGCCGGUAUUCAGCUAAAGGUGGUGCCGAUUGUGGUUGGGAGAGAGAACGAAACAGAGGAGUACCGCCUCAACUGCCAUCCAAUGCAGCGCGUGCCGGUCAUGAAGACGGAUGAGGGGUACCUGUUCGAGUCCAACGCGAUGAUCCGCUACUUGGCACGCACAGAGGUCAUGCUCGUCUCCGUCAGCGCCGGCAUCGACAGCGCCGGGACAAGCAACGAGAAGAUCCCGCACCCGCAGUUCCCCAUCCCAUACGCCAUGUAUGGUCACUCGCUGCUUGAGUCCACACAGGUAGACAGCUGGCUUGAUUUCGCAACCACACGCAUCGACUUCUACACAAAGAAAAUCUCCGCGUACGAGCACAAGUCGGGGCCGAGGCCGGACGCAGACGUGAAAAAGCGGCUAUGCAGGAACCUUGAUGGGCUCGAGCGGCGUUUGGUCUACCUGAAGGAGACUUGCCGCACGUUCGCGCAGCAGUCCUGCCCGCUGACGGCGCGCUCCGCCAUGACAGACGAAGAGCUGCUCUUGAACGAUGAGGACUACAUGGCCUCCCGCGUGACGCGCGAUUCGCGCCUCAGCUCUGUGUACAACGUGGCCUGGUCAGUUCGGCACCGUCACAUGGAGAAGGAGCGGCAGGAGCGGGAGAAGCAGCUGAUGUUCAUCAAGAAGACUACCGACGAGGCACUGGGCAAGGAAGAGGGUGACGACAGUCACUACUGUGCAAGCCGUCGCCCAUCAUUGUCGCGGGACAGCAUGGCUAUCUCGGCAACACCGCGCGCGUCGGUGCUCAUGUCUGCCCGCAGCUCCAUCAUGGGGAGCGUCGCCACCGGCACCUCUGCCGUGCAGCGCAAGGAUCUACUUUUCCUUGUCGGAGGCUCGCUGACGGCUGCGGAUCUCGUGAUGGCCAUGUCGCUCCACGGUGCCCUCUGCUGCCAAGAGCUAAAGCCGAUGAUUAUAUCCAAGUAUCCGAACUCGUUCAGGUACUACAAGAGUGUGCUGACGCUGCCUGUUGCGGCGGAGGUGGGAAAGGCGAUCCGCCUGAACGUCAUCAGGGAGUAG